AUGAAAUCGGACAACGACUACGGUUUCCUGUGUCCUCCAAGCAAGGAGGAACAAGAUCAGGAACCAGUCUACCGCGUACCCUCUCAUUACAACCCUCUUCACACUUUCCGUCUUCCCGCCGGCCAAGGAAGGCACUAUAAGCAACAAUAUGGCGACAUGUACUUUUUGCGACUGGCCAAGUUGAAGCCCACGGUUGAACAAGUUGCGACGGACGCUUGGGAGGGACUUAUUAUUGCUGGAGAGAAGGUUCGACGCGUUGAUCGAGUGCUUGAUGUGCGACAGGGAGAGCUGUGCUGGGUGGCCGGUACGGUGUACAUGGAUCUGCCAAUGAAGCCGAACAUUCUGGACGACCUUACGAAAGAGAACUUUACCUCCGCUCCCCCUCCUCGCCGCACAUACACUGACCCUCUUGAUCCCUCUUCGACCCAAAUUAUGUUGGAGGAUGAGUCGGGUCGACUGAUGCUUACGGGCAACUUCUUACGGACAACGCAGUUCGCUACAGGUGCUAUCAUUGCCGCUUUGGGUACGGAGAACGCCAAUGGCGACUUUGAAGUUAUCGAUGUCAAGCUGCCAGAUCUGGCACCGCAGCCUCAGCGAUGGGAGGGCACCUCACUAAAUGGACCAGAUGCCGAGAAGCAAAGUGGCAAGAUUGCUUUCAUCAGUGGAUUGGGAAUUACAGGAACAUCGAGCGACACACUGACUUUGGAGCUAUUGACGGAUUACCUUCUGGGCUACAGCGGUUUCUCGGGUGCUGACAGCCCAUUGACAAGUCCAUCAAAGAUCACUCGCCUGAUUAUUGCAGGCAACUCACUCGGCGCCAGUGUGACUGUUAAUGCCGCGGCUGACUCUGACCAGAGCGCCAUUGCAAAGAAGACCGCGCCGAAAAAGUACGGAUAUGACGCCUCCGCGUACAACCCGUCGCCCAUCACACAACUUGACAAUUUCCUAGCAGAGAUCCUGCCCAGUAUUCCCGUGACUCUCAUGCCGGGUGAUAAGGACCCCGCAAACUUUUCUCUCCCUCAGCAGGGAAUCCAUCGCGCCAUGUUCCCCCAGGCUAGGGCAUACUCUGCGCCUCCGGUUCGUGGUGAAGACGAGCCUGAAGCAGGCUGGUUUGACAGUGUCACCAACCCUUGGGAAGGCGAUGUUGAGGGAUGGCGAGUAUGGGGGUGCAGUGGACAGAACGUUGACGAUGUUCUCCGAUACCUCAACUUUGAGGGCACUGAGCUCAGCCUCGACGGGGAGACAGACGACUCUGAGUCCCGGGUUCGAGUCAUGGAAGCCAUGCUUCGCUGGCGAUGCGGCGUUCCGACUGCGCCUGACACAAUCUGGUCAUAUCCAUUCCAGACGGAUGACCCGUUUGUUCUGAAAACCUGCCCGCACAUCUUCUUCGCUGGUAAUCAGCCAUCAUUCAAGACUGCCACCAUUGAAGGCGAUUCCCCUCUCCGAUUAGAUGGGGACACUGAAAUGAUGGAUACCAACGAUAAACCGGAUGUCCCCCGUGUCCGACUGCUUGCCGUUCCCAAAUUCAACGAGACGGGUGAGCUGAUUCUAGUCGACACCGAGACAUUGGAGGUCGAGGUGGUCAAAUUUGGUGUAUUCAAGGGACAAGAAGAACAAAAGUAA